AUAGAAGGUCAAUUAUUUAUAAGUGGGGAGGAAAAAAACAAACAAAUCAUCCUUUUUAUGAGUAGUGUCAACGUUUUUAGACUUAUUUGUAAAACUGUUUUUUCAAUACAAUAUGUCAGCGUCUUCUAGAGUGUGCACAAGCUGGCCAAGAGAAUGACACCAAUUUCUGCAUGCAUUCUAUUGUGUAUGACGUUGGGCUUACUUUGCCAAGGAGUUGCAUCACAAGACCCUUAUGCGCCUGUCUGUGAGAGAGGCAAAUAUCCACCAGCUGAAAGCCUUAAGGUGCCAGAGUAUGUGAUCAAUCUGGACCUGCCUGCCCGAGACAGAUGGACCCAGUUAGCGACGGAAAAGAGGCAAGAGAUCCGAAACAUUCUGAAGGGGUUCAAGUCAUUUGUCGAUCAGUUUGGAGGCUUUGCAGAGGAGAUUGUGUACUUCAUAGACCUCUUUGGUCCUGCAAUUGUAGACUUUCUACCACAGCCAUUCCAAGAUGAAAUUCGGGGAAUAUCCAAAGCCACAGGACUGGAGAUAGGUGAGGUCACUCUGUAUAACAUCUUUUACGAGAUCUUCACGGUGUGUACGUCUAUAAUUGCUGAGGAUGCUAAUGGCACAGUCUACCAUGCCAGGAAUCUGGAUUUUGGGCUGUUCAUGGGAUGGGAUGCAAAGAAUCGAACCUGGCAAAUGACAGAAAUACUGAAACCUGCCAUUGUGAAUCUGGACUUUCAGAAGAAUGGGAAAACUGUAUUCAAGUCUGUGAAUUAUGCUGGUUAUGUCGGCAUUCUGACCGGAAUUGUGCCGGGAAAGUUCUCGUUGACCAUAAAUGAGCGGUUCAAACUGGAUGGAGGAUAUAUGGGUAUCAUUCACUUGAUCAUGACUGGCAAAGGUUCCUGGUUGGGCUUCCUGACUCGGAAUGCCAUGGAAACCGCUCAGAGCUUUGAGGAAGCCAUGGCUCUACUGGUCAAUACAGAAUUGAUCGCACCGGCAUAUUACAUUCUGGGUGGAAACUCUUCAGGGCAGGCCUGUGUAAUUACUCGUAAUCGCGAAGUGAACGGCACAGACGUCUGGUGGAUGAAGCAGGCAGGGGGCUGGUACGUCCUGGAGACCAACUAUGACCAUUGGUCAGCCCCGCUGUUCCUUGAUGACAGGAGAACACCUGCCAAUAACUGUAUGAGGAAACUCACCCAGCAGAAUGUUGGUGUUGCGGGACUGUUUGAUGUCCUAUCUUCCAAACCUGUGCUCAAUAAGCUGACAACAUAUACAGCAUUGAUGCAAGUGAACAGUGGACAUCUUGAAACAUGGCUUCAGUCUUGCCCCGACCCAUGUGUGCCUUGGUAACAAUUGAAACCAAUAUCUAUAUAAAAAUGUGAUUGUCUUAGAAACCAUGGGAACCAUGAUCUUUAUGUCAGAAAAGGUGUCUCCAUUGUUAUAAUGGGAACCAAUGUAUUCUUUUCACAAUGUAUAAAGGAUUUUUCCUCUUGAGCUGAAUCUCCAAAAACAUAUGAGCUACAGCCAUGCAACUUACCACAGUUUUUCAUAAUUUGGGCUGAGUCGAAUGCAAGACCCGUAGCCCUAGAGGCAAGGUCAAGGUCACACAAUGAGGUCAAAUGUUACAAAUUUUGAUUGACUAUGUCUUAUAUUUUCAGAAUUCUGCCAUAAAUCAAGGUUCUCAAAAAUCUGAUGCUUUGUCACAUGAAAGACCCAUAACCCCAAAGGCAAGGGCAAGGUCACACAUUUAGGUCAAAGAUCACGAAUGUAUUAGUGAUUUAUAUAUAAACCAUAACUUCAGUAUGUAUCAAGGGAUUCUAAAAUGUCUUUCUACAAUUGCUCUUCUUUAUCUGUCAAUGUGACGCUUAUACAAUUCAAGUCUCUCGGGUCAAGGUCACUCACUGAGGUCAAAUGUAACAUAUUUUACUAAUAUGCUUUAUUUUGUUAGGAUUCUACCAUAUCAAUCCAACGAAUCGCUUGUUACACAAUGUUGUUGCCUUGGUAACAACGGGAACUAAUAUAUUUUCUGUUCUGUUAUGUUUAUAUCAAAAUAUGGUUGCUUUGGAAAUGAUGGGAAUCAACAUCUGUGUUUCACAAUGCGACUGCCUUGGUAAGAAUGCAAACCACCAUCUUUAUUACAAAACGUAUUGCCUUUGGAAAAAGUGGGAACCAACAUCUUAAUAUCACUAUUUGGUGGCCUGGUUAAUAAUGGAAACCAACCCUGUAUGAUUUCCUUAGUUAUGAUGGGAACUAACUUAUAAUUUUACAAAAUAGGGACUGUACAUGUGUAUUAAAGAAAGCACAACAUUGGUUGUAGCAUUGUGUUUGAUACCAUGUUAGAAUAUUUUAACUAAGAUAAUAGUCUGAUAGAGACUACAUUUUCAUUACUGUUCACAAGCAGAUAUAACAUAGUUCAGAGUUUACUGGGAUCAACGAUGACAUCACCUUGAUUAUUAUUAAAAAUCUUACAAUAAUCAUAGUUUCUAAUCAUGUAUUAUUUUACAAAAAUGAAGCUUAUGUAAAAAUAUAUAUUAAUUGAAUAUUGUUUUCACAUUGUUUUAUGAAAUUAAAAGGAAAUACAAACUAACUGUUCAACAAAUGUGAUGAAUUUUUUCUUACGUUAAGCAUGGCAGCAAAUGCAUGAAAGAAUCUCAUUGGUCGUACAUUUGAAUAUCCAGAAUUAUCUGUUCAUAUUGAGAAACAGUUAAGCCAUUCCAUGUUAGCAGCAUCAGUUAUUAUGUUGGAAACUCAAAUGUUGACAUCACUUUUAUUGAUAGUGUCAUCGCAACCUAGCAACCUAAAAGAAAGACGCGUUUCAGUUUAUAAACCAUACAAUAGGGAUAAAAAAAAUAUAUAAUAAUAUAAUGCAUGAUAAAAGAUCUUUUAAUCAUUAAUUAGUAAAGGGUUUUGUCAUUGAAUUGCUUGAUUGUAUUGUUGGGUGUUUUUAUGAUGAACAUGUAUACAAGUAUACAUUCUCAUUCCAGGUAUUUGUGGAUGAUAUUUGUUAUUUACCGGUAUUAUAUAUGUUAAUGUAUACAUGAACUAUUUGAUUAAUAGGAUCUGUAUUUAAAAUUAUACACCAUACACUCCAGUCAAGAGACACUACUUAAGUUAUAACGAAACAAAAUAAUUGACUUUUUUUAAUUGUACAAUUUUUAGCUUGAAGUGUCAGUAAUGUUGAUUUGCUUUAUCCGUAAACACCCAUGUGCUCUGACGAAAAAGUGAGAAAACAAAACAAGAUAAUGUGAUGUUGAGCAUGGCACUACGGAACAUAUCUUAUCAAGAAAGCAUAUGCAAAUAUUUUUGCUGUUUUCUUACCAUUUGUUGAUGGAAACAUUUUUCUGUUAUGUUGUAUAUGUUGUUAUAUCAUGUAUAAAUCAAUUAUUAUUUUUGUCAUUUUAUGUUCUUAUGUUACUUUGAUGUUCAAUUAAAUAAACACGAAAUUGUUAAAUUGAUCUCUGUGAGCUUUUGAAUCCAUGUUAUUAUAUUAUUCUUAUUGUGUCUACCUUUGCUGAAAUAAACCUAAAACCUUUA